AUGUGUCUAAAAGCAAACGAUGAGAUCAGGAAAGAGAUGCAUUUGUACAUGAAGACCAACUCAAACAAGUUCAAAUCCAUGCAACUUGAUGGGGAUGAAGUUGAAGCAACUGAUGGAGAUGGAGGAGAGGACGAGGCAGUAGCAAGUUCAAGGGCGUCGAACAGCACCGCAGCCUCCACGAAAAGGAAGUCUUGUUUUAUUGUGACGGCAAAGAAGAAAAGCAAGUCAAUUGCAGAUGAGGUUAGGAAGACACCAGAGGAGGUGGUUGCUGAGAGGCAUAGCACAAGAAGCACUCAGUUAAAAAUGAAGGACUAUGGAACAAAGACAAAAGAACAAAAAGAUGAGGUAGAUAGUCAUGUAGCUGAUUUUCUCUAUGAGAAUUGCCUUCCACUCAAUAUUGUCAAUUCGAGAAGUUGGGAGAUCCUAUUGGAGUCUAUAGGACAGUAUGGAUCAGAUUAUAUCACACCUUCUUACCAUGAUGUGAGGUUACCAUUACUUGAGAAGGCAAAGCUCAAGACUGACACUUUGAAGGCCAAGCAUCAAUUGGCAUGGAAGGAGUAUGGUUGCACUCUCAUGUCCGACGGUUGGACGGACAUGAGUGGGCGACACUUGAUCAAUUUUCUCGCCAAUAGUCCUGAAGGUACAUUCUUCUUAGGGACAUCCAAUGUUUCUGCUGAGUCUGUUACCGCUGAAUUGGUAGCAAAAUUAUUGAGUGAACAAAUUGAGGCAAUUGGGCCUGAAUUGGUAAUCCAGGUCGUUAGAGACAAUGGCUCCAACUACAAGGCAACCGGGAGACUUCUAAUGGAUAAGUAUCCAUCUUUGUAUUGUACACCUUGUGCCGCUCACUGUUUGGAUCUUAUGCUAGAGGACAUUGGGAAGAUAAGAGAGUUCAAUGAUUGCAUUGUUAAAGCAAAGAAACUAACCAGAUUUAUUUAUGCCCAUGGUAGGAUUCUUGAUCAAAUGAGAAGCUUGAAUGGCAAGAGAGAUCUUGUAAGGCCUGGAGCAACUCGUUUUGCAACCUCCUUCCUCACAUUGGCCAGCCUGUGGAAACAACGCCAACAUUUGAAAGCACUAUUUGUUAGCGCAGAAUGGAAUGCAAACAAGUAG